AUGGGGCAAACUUUAUCCGCGACUAAUUCGCAAUUUACUGAUUUACUUACAUUAGCACAAUCAAAUUAUGCAGAUUCAGAUGUAUUUGCGACAGCCGAUUCAGAUAUUAAUUUCUUUCUACCAUUGAAAACUGAUGGAAACAGAGAUAAAGAUGCGGAAGGGAAAGAAUUGAAUGAAGCAACGAUCAUUACAACGACAUUAAUUAAACAAAUACGUACACAUUUAUUUACAUUAACUAAUCUGCAACAGUUCAAUGCAUUGAAUACACAAAUUACAACUGAUAUUCAACAAAUUGUUGAUGGGAUCAAUAGUACAAAUACUACCACUAAUACAACAAUUACAACCAUUCUAGAAAAACAGAAACAAUUGCAAUCGGCAUAUGCUCUUAAACUAGCAAAUGAUAAAUCAGAAAUAAAUCUUGCAAAUACUUCAAUAUUUUCACAUCCAUUUAUAGAUAGUACAAUAUAUUCAGGUACAAAAAUUGAGAUUGAAACAGCAAAACAAAAUGCUUUUCAACGUUUUCAAACUCAACAAUUAUCAUAUUUUGCAUUACAGUCAUUAUUAUCAGUACUACUCGUAUUAAUUAAAUCUGUACACAACACCGAUUCUACUAUUAUCUAUCAAAUACUAACAAUGACCAAACAAUUUAUAGAACAAAUACCUGCCAAAUAUUUAGCUUCAGAAAAUUUUAAACAAUCAAGUCUAUUUACAUCGUUAAAACCUCUAUCUAAUUAUAUAGAAGAAUUGUCGAUACAAACAGUCGAUUUAACUGCAAAGAAACAAGCUAUUGAAAUUUUAUUGCGUUUUGCUGUAGCCAAAGCAUCAUUCACCGAAUUAUUACAUCUAAUAGCAAGAUUAGUAUUCAAUACAGAUAACAUAAAUAUUUAUGAUGUUCGCGGUUUAAUUUUACAAUUAAAUGAAGAUUUAUCAUCAGCUACUAAUAAAAGUCAAGACGAUGGAUUAAAUGCCGUUGAUUUAUCUGAGCAAGCAGCAAUAUUGAGCAAUAUGACAACCAUAAAAACUAAAGAAACACAAACAAAUAGAGAGCCAAUAACUAUUGCUUGUUUUCUUACAAAUCCAUUAGAAUAUCUUCAAAUAAUAAAUGUACUACCAAACACAAGUUUAAUGACAUUAGAUGAGAGUCAAUUUUCUCCAAUAUUUUUAGCAUCCGUACUGUUAGCACAUAUCGAUUUCCACCAUGAAAUGAAUUCAAAAUAUGCAUUUGAAACGAAUUCAUUAAAUAAUUCAUUUUCUUUUACAUUACAUUCAGAUACAUUUAAACAAUUAUUUGAUAUUAUACAGAGUUUAAGUAUUACUCAACUAUCACAUCAUACAGCAUACAUACUAGUUGUUUGUUUACGAUUAUUUACUACACACUUGAAAUUUUUAAUUAAAUCAGCUCUAGAUACUACUGAAUUUGUUUCAAAUAAAGAAUUACAUCAAUGGAAAGAAUUUAUGUUUCGAUUGAGUACAGAAAAUGAAAUUCGGACAAUUGAUGAUAAUCAGUCACUAUAUAAAGAAAUUCGCACAAUUGUAUGUACAGAAGCGUCUAAAGCAUUUAUUUAUUUAUUAGAAAAACCGACACCAUUGAUAGAUAAAUUUCAAAUAAUUUAUAAAUGUAUCGUUGAUAAUAAAUAUCCCAUUUUAAUUCAACAAUUAUUAACUGAUUUACAUGAUAAUGUAAUCUUAAAAAAAUAUAUCGAAUUAUUAACUUAUGAUAAAGUAGAAAAAGAAAGUACUAAUGAAGAUAAAUCAACGUUUAUACAAACUCAACAAAAUGCAUUAACAUUGUUAUAUUCAUAUAUGGAUAUUUGUUUAGAAUCAAACUAUAUUCAACAACAAAAACAGAUUAAAGAUGAUACAAUAACAUUGGAACAUGUAUUUCUAUUGUUUCAAGAAUUAUUAUUAAUUACAUUGGAUAAUGAAUUAUCCACAAUUACUGAUGAUGUUAAUGAUUUAAAUGAUAGUUAUCCACUUCCUGUUACCACACUCGCUAUAUGUUAUAUUAAACGACUAUUAACUGCUAGUACAGGUACAUCAAUUGUUAGUGAUUUAUUGCCGCCUAUGCUAUCAGGUCUAUGUAUUUUAACACAGACAAGAUUUAAUUUUACAGCUAUUCAACCAAUAUUUAUAGAAAUUAUACCAUUAUUAGUAGAAUAUUUAUUAUGUAGUACGACUAUGGAUACAAAUACACAUUCAACCACUUGGUUAUUAGGUAAAAUUAGUUAUAUUAUGUUAAAUAGUACAAAAUUACAUCCAUUGGAACAGAAAUAUAUUAAUACAUUAAAUAUGCCUUUAUUUGGUGGUGGAAAUGAAAUAACGAUGGAUAAUAAUAAAAAUAUAAUACAUUUAAUUGAAUCAAAUUUGGCUCACUAUAUACAAUUUCAAUUACCAACUAUAAAAUCAAUCAAUAAAAUUGAUUAUGAUUUUUUAAUGUCAAUUUAUAAUAAUGUGGAUGAAGGUGCAAAAUUAUUAUUAAAAUUAAAAAUAUUUAAUAAAGAUAAACAACGAUUACAGAAAUCAAUUGAAAUAUUGGCAAAUGAAGCAACAGCCGCAUUAUUUGCUGUCUAUAUUAAACAUUAUCGACGUAUAGAACUUGCAAAAUAUGAAUGUCAAAAAGAUACUAAUAUUAAACCAAAUAGUAAAUUAGUUUCACUUUAUGAAUAUGCAACUCAUAUUCAAACAUUAUUUGCUACAACAAAAGCACAAGGUGGUGAUUGUAAUGAAUUAUAUAUACAGAUUAAAAAUAAUACAUUAUUCUUAUUAUCUUCAAUUAAGGAAAAUAAUUUUAUACCGUUAGUAUAUAAUACAAACUUAAUAACAAAUAUAAAUGAAAAUAAAUCAUUUUUAGAAACGCCUGUUGUUGGAAUAUCACCAAGAAAUAUGAUUCAAAGACAAUUUUCUAGAUGGACAAAAGCAAAACAUAUACUCCGACUACUUCGUAAUACAAUGGCAGCUAUUAUACGAUUGAAAAAAAUAAUGUUACUACAUAAACAAGAAGCAGAACAAAAACAAGAUAAUGAAAGCAUAUUGAAUAGAAAUCUUAAAACAUUUGUAUAUGAACAGAAAAUUAUAGGACAAUUAGAUGAAAAAUUACAAACAGAAGAAAUAAUAAAAUGUAUGAAAAAGCAAGAUGAACGUGCAAUUAUAAGACUACUUACAUAUAAAUUUAUUCAAACAUUUAUUAAAAAAUUAUUUAAAAUUGAAAAUAAUCGAGUCUAUAUAAUUUUAUCAAUUUAUUUACCACAUUUAAAUAAUACAAAUUUUGAAUGGCAUUAUUUGCAAAAUAUUGAAAAUUCAAAUAUAUUGUUAAAAGAACAAAUUGAAAUUCUAUAUUAUUCAAUUAUUAAGGAAAUUAUUCAAUUUAGAUUAACAUUAUCAUCUGAAUCAACAAUUUCUCGAACAUUAAUAUUGCAUUCAUUUAGUUUACUUAAUAUAUCAUAUAAAUCGUCUGAUCUAGUACAAAUCUAUAAUUCUCGAUUAAUUAAAGAUUUAUUUAAUUUCAUUAGUACAAUUAAGAAAAAUGACGGUACAUGGGAGAUUAAGUUUACUUCAUUCAAUUUGUUUAGAAUGAUAAUAUUACAAUUAUCAGAUAUUAUAGAAACCGAAGAAAAAAAUAAUGGUAUGGUUAAUCCCGUAUUACAACAAUUACAUGAAUAUAUCUUUCAAAAAUUGAUAUUAAAUGAAUUACACGGAUUAAAAUUGUUAAAACAAACUGCAUUAAAUACAAAUACAAGUAAUAUUAAAUAUGAAAAUAUUCAUGUAAAUAAUGCUGAAAUAGGAUGGUUUAUUGCUAAAAAAUCUGCAACUAAUCACGAUAUAAUAAUAGCGAAUCAAUCACAAAGUGAAAUUGAAAUCUAUACAAAUCAAUUUUUAGUAUUAUUACUCAGAUGUAUACAUUUAUAUAAAAAUGUACUAUACAGUUGCUCAACACCAGUUUAUAUCCAAGAAUUACUUUAUAUUUAUAGUACUAGUAUGAACAAUAUUAGUAGUACAUUAGUAUUGAAACUAUUGCGUGAAUUACUAAAUUUAUUACCACAAAAUAAUCAAUUAUUAUUUACAUUAAAAUCACAUGAAACAGUAAAUCGAAAACAAUUAUUGGAAUCAUUUUUAUUCACUAUUGGUGAAAGUUGUUUACAAAUAUCUGAUAGUAGUAUCAAAAGUAAUCCAGCAACAGUUACUGAAAUAAUAUAUAUCUAUAGAACAUUAAUGUCUGUACGAUCACCAUGGCAAAUGUUAGCAAUACAAAUAAUCGUAGAUGCAAUUAAAUUAGGUUCAUCAUUAAUUAAAUCAAUGAAGACAAUAGAAGCGAGUAAAUUAAAUUAUUUAUUAGCAUCGUUAUGUGUACUAGGCGGCUAUAUUCAAUCUUAUUAUGAAGGUUGUAUAGUUCAUGUAUAUGAAGAUUUGAAUACAAAUGACUAUGAAUCUGCAGUUAUCGUUAGUACUGAUACGAAUGUUCGAGACUCCGACACAGCCAAUGAAUUAUCAUACUGCAUACAAUACACAACAUCAAACGAAAUUAAAUGGAUUUCCGCAGAUAAACUACGUAUAGAAACAUGUAUUCCAGUACCAAAUUUAUUACCUGUAUCAACAAUUUUAACAGAUGCCGAUAGUGUUGUAUACGAAGCAGAUGCAUUUAAAACAGAAGAAACAAAUGCAUAUAUAUUAAUAGAUACAUUAAGUUUACUUAUUCAAAUGGACACAAUUACAAUUGAUGAUUUAAUAUUAUUACAAACUAGACGUCGUUGCACUGCAGCAUUGUCACAUAUAUUAAAUGACAAAAAACUGAUAGAAGUAUUUAUAAGUAAACAAUAUGCACCUAUCAUUGCACAAUUAGCAUUAUCAGGUAGUCCAAAUACUAGUGCUUACAAUGUCAUGCCCGCAGAUUUACGUUUAAUGAAUAAAUCACAUUUGGAACAGUAUAGUCUGAGUCUAGAUACGUGUGUAAGGAUGAAACAGAUACUUGUUGAUGAUGAAAAAUCAUUUGAAACAGAUAAUAAUGAGAAUCUUAGUACUCCUGUUAUCCCAGUAGAUUGGUACAAUAUACCAGAUACAUCAGAACUAACGGAUGCUAAUUUUCGAAUUUGGAAUAAAAAUUUAGAUGGUGUUGUUUUCGAUCCAUUCGUUUAUAAAGCUGUAUCCACAAAUUUAGACAAAAAUCGAGGUUGGAAUGAAAUCAAAAUUGUACCAUUUCCAGGCGAACAAAAUGGAAUGAUAGAAGAAUGCGGAAAUAAAGAUAAAUUUAAUGGUCGAGUUACUGGUGUGCUAGAUCUUGGUACAUUUUUAGCUGAAAAUAUCCGAUUAACUGAAGGUAAAUGGUAUUAUUGUAUCAAAGUAGUUUGGUCUAAUGUUCUCCAAGUCGGCUGGGCAACUGAAAAUUUUACUCCAAGUGCAGAGAAUAAUAGAGGUGUUGGUGAUAACGAGUAUUCAUGGUCUUAUAAUGGCUCAGAUGGAAUUGUGCAUCAUAAUGAUGGAGUUCCCUUUGGGGAUUCAGUUAGAUGGACAAUAGAUGAUGUUUGUGGCUGUGGAAUUGAAAUUGAUGGAGAAAAUACAGUAAUGAAAUUCUGGUUAAAUGGCAAUUUGCUAGGUACUGCGUUCUCUCAUACAUCAAACAGAGAUUCUGCAUUUCCGUGUAACAUGUUACCUAAUGGAAAAGAUACAAUAUUUUAUCCUGCAAUAAGUCUUUCUCCCGAAAGUUGCUGCGAGUUUAUAUUUAGUCCUGAAGACAUGGAGAAAUGUCCCUUACCAAAGGGUUAUAUGUCCUUAUUAACAUCAACGUUAAUUCAUACAGAGAAUACAUUAGUUGCGUAUCCGUAUAGUGCAUAUCUCGUUGGUGAUCAACCUAAAGAUUACUUCUACACCGAUCGUGAACAAUCUGAUUUAACACGACAAUUUCUACGUGAUUUUGUAAAUAAACAACAUAUUCAAACCGCGUUAACAUUAGAAGAUAUUAACAAAGAAAAUCUAAAAGUACCGUAUACAGGUAUUGCUUUUCCCAUCGAUACCAGUAUUGAUAAUGAAACACUAACUGCAUUUACGAUUAGUUUUGAUUAUGAGUAUACAGCUGUACCUGAAAUAAAUGUUGAUCAACUUCUUGUUAAAUUAUUAACGUUAGAUACAGAACUAUAUGCAUUACCCAUACAAUUGAAUGAAUCGAUAGAAGUAAAUGAAUUUACAUAUCAAAAUAAAAAUGUUCAUCAUGUUGCCAUAAUAUUUCAGUUACAAAAACCAGUAACAAUCUAUGUAAAUAAUAAAUGUAGUACACUUCACUGUAGUGCAUUCGAUAUUAGCAAAAAAACUUUAAAUUUAUGUAUAUUACCUGAAUUUUCAGGCGAAAUUAAAAAUAUUGGUAUCUGGAGAUAUGCGUUGUCCGAACAGCAUAUUAAACGAUUAUUUAUUUACAGUUUAUUCUAUGUUUUCCUUGAUUAUCAAAAAUUACGGCAGCAUAGAAAACAAACUAAUACAUUUAUGUUUAAGCGCCCACAAUUUCCACGUGAAUUGUUACUAUUUACGGAACCAUUUGAUUCUAAUUUGUGGGAUAAAAAGAAGAAGAGUAUUGAUGCAAAUGAAUUCAAAUAUUUCAAAAUGUUAUCUACAGACACUGUUACAAACAUAGAGUAUGGCAUACAAUUAUUUGGAAAUAAUAGUUAUUUAGUAUUAGAUAAAUCACAAGUUGAUGCUCCGGUGGAUGUCAAUGAAAAAACUGAAACAACAUCUGAAGAUAGUUCAGCUGGUAUAUGGACAGAAUAUACAAUUAUUAUGGAUAUUAGUAUACCUUACUUACCUGUAGGAGCAAAAACUGUACUAGAUAAUGAUAUAAAGGACGUAUCUACAAACGACACAGCAAUAACAAGAAACGUGUUGGUUAGCUCAACUGAUUCCAGUAGCAGUGUUCAUGUGGCAGACUCGAAUGAAUCUGAAGCUAUUUUAGGCAUGUUAACAUUACUUCGAAUAUCAGAACAUCAUGCAAUCUCUAUUACAAAUAAAGGUCGACUCCGUGUGGGUAAUACUGAAAGUGAAACAACAUUGAAAUUGAAUGAAUAUUUACGUCUAGUUAUUUGUAAAAAGGAUAACAACAUUAAAGUGUAUGUAAAUGGAAAAUUAGAAUUAAAUGGGCCUAUCGAUGAAGAUACAUACGAAUUAAAGGAGCCAUAUAUUUAUUUAUUUAAAGAAACUGAUAAUUCAAAUAUUACUGCUACAGAUAGAGUUCGAAUCGAAUGUAAAUCAAUAACAUUUAAGAAUAAAAAUAUUGAUCAGUUACCAUCUGUAUUAGAAUCAAGUACAUAUUCUUUAGAGAAAUUUAUUGCAUUACCAUUUACAGCAUUAGCAAAUAAUUUGAUAUCAAUAGGUUAUAAAAGACGAUGGAUAAAAACCAUCAUGAAACAAUACAAUGUAUACAACGUUCAAUUAAUUGAUACAUUAAUACGUCAACAAAUGCAACAACUACUGGAUGCAGAUCUACGUAAAGAAUGUGAACAUAAAGUAGAUUUAUUGUGUAGAUUAAACUCACAUCUGGAUAGAGAAAAAUUAAAAAAAUUUACGACAUUUUCGAAACUUGAUACUGAUACCGACAUGGUUGUUAUAUGCGAACAAAUUUUAGACCAUUGGAAUGAAUUGCAAGCCGAAAGCACUCCGUUACAGCACAGUACAAAUGAACCUAUAAAUAAAUCAGAAAUGGAUGUAAAAUGGUUGAUGAAUGAUGACGAUGAUACUGAUGAUACAAACGGAUUAAAUACAGAUAAAGAACCUCUACCGAAAUGGUAUUCAAAAUGUGUUGACAAACUAAAUAUACAAGAUAACAUAUUUGAAUGGAUACAAGAUAAAACAAAGCAAACUACAGAUCCUAAUAGCACAACGGAUCCAAAUUGUAAAUUACUAGAUUUAAGUAAACCUGAAGAAAAUGAACUUACAAAUGAAAAUGAAUUAGACAGUCGACGUAAAAAUAUACAUAAAUCUAUGCAAUAUUCACAUCGACAAAUGACACAUAAACAAUAUGUUGAUUCACGUAUUGCGUCUGAAAUAGGAUUAACAUCAAUCUAUGCACGAUAUACAAUAUUGAAUAUGGUUAAAAUUUGGCUCAGCAGUAAUGAUACCAAAAAUAGUUUAUUUCCAUUACAAGGAUUUGGUGAUUGGCGUUUUAUUACUAAAUUGUUACGAUUCAUGGAUUAUCAUUAUAAUCAUACAAGUAUUAGCUCUGAUGAAACUAUAGAUCGAAUGAAACUUCUAACAAGUUCAAUUGUACAAGCUGAAACAAACGAAUUAUUAAAACAAACAAACAAAAUUACAUCUGAGCUAUUUUCUACAACAGCACCAUUAUUAUAUCAUUUACAAAUUGAUAUUAUUGUACAAUGUAUUCGAUUAAUAUCACAUCCAACAUUAUUGCAAACUACAGAUGAAAGUUUAAAUGAACAAACUGCAAUAACACAACCGAAUUUAAAUUUUAUAUUUCGAAUAUUGAAAUUAUCUCUUGAAUUAAUUAGUAAUGCAAAAAUAGAGCAUGCACAAAUUUUAGUUGAAAUUCUAUUUCCAGACUCAUUAAUUCAUUUAUUGUUUGAUCUAUUUCUAUUAGUUCCUCAAGAACAAUCAAGGAUAUUUAUUCUGCAUAUAUUUGCCGUGUUAACUCAAACUGCUACUAAUUUCGCCUUACAUAAAGAUGCUCAACAAUUCUUAUUACAACUUCUUGAAUUUAUAACAAAUAAGCGUUCAAAUGGUAAUGCUUCGUCUAGCAGUUUGCGAUCUGCUGUAAUGGACUUGUGUUUUGUAAUACGUACAAGAGAACAACAAGACGCGUCAAAUAAAGUAAUAAAUCAACAAUUAGAAUUGGACAAAUAUUUGAACUAUGCUGAAUCUUUACGUGACUUAUUCAUAGUAAUGGAUGUUAUAAAAGCAUUAACAGAUGAAACAAAACAAACAGUAUUUCCUCAAGAAUUUAUUAAACAGUUAAAUUCUUCCGGAAUUGAAUGUAUAAAAGAAGAAAUUGAAAAAGCAAAUAUAUUUUUUAAUAGAGCAGUAGAUAUACAAUUAAUUGAUUUUAUGAAUAAAAAUAUUGUUUCUGAUUGUCAAUCAUUAACAGAUUCAUUUAUUGUUGAAUUUCUUGUCGGAUUAUCUAAUGAAUUUAUAACUGAUACAAAAUAUAGUACAUACACGUUAUUACAUCAUAUACCGGUAGUUUAUCUAAAAAUGCGUAUAAAAAUAUUAUAUUUAUUCAAUAUAUUCAUCAAAAACGUUUUAAGUGAUGUUGAUUUAAGUUUGCCAACUGGUACGAGUAUGCUUGCUGAUGCUGUUCGUUCAAUUAAAUCAUAUAUAGUAUAUAACACUAAAGUUAAAUUGAUUAUUACGGUUCUGGAGGAAACAUAUCGUACCGAUGAGACACAAACUAUUCAACUAGACUCAGUGAAAGCAAGUACCUGUUCUACAUACAAAGAUACAAUAUUUUAUCAAGCUUUUAGACAGUUGUAUAAAAACGCAUCUUUAUCAUUUCGAAAAUUAGAACAUGCUCGAGUAUGGGCUGUAACAUACAUUGGAAUGCAUAGUUCUGAUUCUGGUGGUCCAUAUAGAGAUUCGAUUACUGCUAUGUGUGCAGAUAUAUGUAGUACGAGGUUACCACUGUUUAUUCUAUGUCCAAAUGGACGAACAAAUAGUGGAUUGAAUCGAGAUCGAUGGAUUCCAAAUGUGUUUCCACCACAGACAACAAUUCCAAAUAAAAUAAAAAAUAUCUAUAUAUUUAUUGGUCAACUUAUGGGUAUGGCUAUACGAACUAAAAAUUUAUUAAAUUUACAAUUUCCAUCAUUAGUAUGGAAACCAUUAGUGCGUCAAUCAAUUACUGUUGAAGAUAUUGAAGCUAUUGAUAUACAGAGUUUCGCAACCAUAAAUGAAUUAGAAAAAAGAGUGAAACAAACUAAAACUAUGAACACUAGUGUUACUGUUGAUAGCGAAGAAAAAUAUACGGAUAAUAUUGAUUUUUUGUUUGAUAGUAUUAUGAGUGAAUUAAAAUUUGAUAUUGUUGGUUCAAAUAUGAAAACAUACGAAUUAGUACCCAAAGGUUCAAUUAUUCCAAUAACUGUGGCCAAUCACAAAGAAUAUUGUUUGAAAUAUCGUGAAUACCAUUUACAGGAGUUUAGUAGACAAGUCGAUUAUAUCCGACAAGGUCUAUAUAGCGUAGUUCCAUGGCCAAUGUUAGCAUUAUAUACUCCUUUUGAACUAGAAGAAGCUGUUUGUGGUAAACCCGUAAUUGAUAUUGAUUUAUUAAAACAACAAACAGAAUAUAAAUACGAAAAUGAUCAUCAUAAUGCACCAUAUAUAAAACGAUUUUGGACUGUAUUAAAAGAUAAAUUUGAUGAAGAACAAAAAAGAUUAUUCUUAAUUUUUGUUUGGGGAAGGAGUACAUUACCUAGCCGAGCAGAAGAUUUCGAACGCAAAUUCUCGAUUCAGCGAUUAGACGCAGCUAAUGAUGUGGAUAAAAUGUUACCAAGUACGUAUGAUAGUUAAUUUGAGGGUUUUCUACUUGCAACAAAUUUCGGACAGUUUUAACAAAAUGUGACAUAAUAUAUUCAUUGUUCUUAUCAUACUCUACACAGCGACGUACACCCUACUAACCUUUAGUUUAAAUCGUAAAGAAAAAUUAGCAGAGCUGGAGAGCCGUGAUCAUCGGAUAAAUGUCUGACGCAGCGAAUUCAUACGGUGUUUCCACCUGUUUUCGAGCGGUCGUUUUCGAACUAUUACUGAUACAAUACAUGAAAUGGAUUCAAAAUAUUGUUAACCAGAUGUCAUCCAUUUCAUGAACACACAUAGUACACGUAGACGGGAGAAAGGAUAAGGUUUAUAUUCCCCUUCCGUUCACGAAGAAAAAGAAAUAGUUAUCGUUCUUUCGAAAAAAUUGUUACAAAAAGCAAAAGUUUUUAAUCUUUGACCGUGUCUCCCGUUUGAAUGCGGGUAUCAGCAUUAUUAGAAAUUUUAUUUGUUCUUUUUUGAAAACGGACAAAAUGGAAAGAAUUAGCUGAAUCAUGAUGUUAGGCAUUGGCACUUUAAACAAGAGCCUUGGUAUAAAAUACAUAUGUAUAUUUUUGUAGAGUGGAAAAGGCGCUGUUAACUGGCGAUAAAAGAAUUAAAAGGAUACCGUUGUUGUUUGAGAAAAAAAUAUUUUUCGAGCAAAAUUUCGAAUUUUCAUUUUUCAUACGUUUCACUAAAACUUCUAUAGCAGGUCAAAGAAAUGCAGUACCACCGCCAA